AUGCUAGAGAGUAGUAGUAGCCCAAUCGAUGACGGAAAGCCCGGACCAGGACCAGGACUGGGACGAGACCCGGAUGGAUCGCCACCACUCCUAGGCAUCGAUAUCACCUGCCCCUUUGAACCUUCGCGGGGGACCUCAAACCGCAUAAGCACUCCCGCCCAAUUCAACGAGUGGGUGGACAUCUUCGCCGAGGUUUUCUCCACGGCCGAGGUGGACGAUAUGAAAUCUUACGUGCCGCCUCGAUCACUACCGGUAGGAGAAGCAGCGGGGAUAGCGGCAAAGCUUCGCUAUUUCUACACCUUCUGGGCUCUGAAGGAAGCUUACAUCAAGAUGACGGGGGAAGCUUUGCUGGCGAGGUGGUUGAGGGAAUUGGAGUUUCGGGAUGUAAGGGUCCCUGCUGUGGCGGAGGAGGGGCGCUGGGGGGUGGUUGAGAGUGGAGUGCAGGUUUGGAUGCAGGGAAGGAGGAUAGAGGGCUUGAGGGUUGAGGUUGUUGGGUUUGGGAGCGAGUAUAUUGUGGCGCUGGUAGGGAGGGGGCUUCAUGGAAACGGGGAUGGAGGUGGAGACAGGGAUAGGAAGGGGGGACUAUUGUUAGGAGAGGGGAUGAGGGAGGUGGAUAUUGAGGGCUAUCUUAGGGAUUGCGCUGGUGAAAGGUGUGGGUGCUUGGAGAAAGGGGACCGGUGA